AUGCUCGUGUCUGGAAGCGUCGUCAGCAACCCGUCUCCAAAAAAAACUCGGCAGCGAUCCCCACGCGGACCCAAUCUUUCCGUUUGUGUUUUUUUUGAUGCCGUCACCGAUUCCCUCUCCUCUAGAAAGCCGAGCGGAUCCGCCUUGUGGGACGCCACUGCCAUCCGAAGCCUCCCUUGCGCAGGUGAGGCUUCACUAUUGGAUGGUGCGGGCUUGACUUUCUUGAGGGUGUUCGAGGUUGAGUCGUUGUUUGACGCGUCCGCUGGAAGGUUGUUUUCUUGUUUUGUGGUUGUGCUGUGGUCUAGCCGACUCUUUUUGGUGUUUUCUUCGCACUUCCUAAAAACCUUUUCCAUGUCAGCCCAUCUUUACGCCGAGUGUUGGGCAGCCCUAUGA